UAAGCUAAAUUAAUCGCGAUUUAGUACUCGCGCUUCGCGGGUUAGCUGUGUUAUUUUUAUUUAAACCCAUAAAAACAGUCUCUAAUGAGGAGGAAGCCGAGCCGGUGCCGCACCCGAUGACGAAGCGCCGACAGCUGUACCUGGUAGUGGUCGCGUUGCUGUUCCUACUGCUGGUGAUCAUCUUCGUCGCCAAUUUUUUCUUCAUCAACUCGCUGACGACGGCGGCGGUGGACGAUGAUAACCGGAGGAUUUCGCCAUCAGAAAAGGAUGGCCAUCACAGGAAGCAUGGCAAUGAACCGCUGCUACGGCUGGUUCAGGAGGAACAACAGGAAGGUUUGAGACCGAAUCGGGCCAAUGGAGUUCAGGAAGCGGUCCAGUCGCAGGUGGCAAAGCUGAAGACAGUGUUCAAGAAUCGAAAUCCCCGAUAUUAUCCCGUGAAGCGCGGGCUGUUGCGAUCGUUUGGACUGAAGAGCUACAACAUAUCGAGCGUGUGGAAGACCGCCGGGGCGUGGCCCCGCGCAAGCGAAAUCUUCCCGCAGAAAGACGAGCGGAUCGGAAAGGUCAUCCGAGCGCUUCAGGAAACGGCAAUCGUCAGCGCGAAGAACACCCCACGGGGGACGCAACUGAAGCUGCUGCUGGAACUGACGGGCAAACAGCCCGUUCUGUUCAAACCAAGCUGGUACCGGAAGGACACCGUUAUCGAAGGUACAGUGUACUCCGGAAAGGACCGGCACAAUUCGGAAAUUGUUUCGUUUCAUCUAGCUGCCAUACUCAAUCUACGCUGGACUCCGAUCGUCGUUGGACGGCGCGUUUCGCUGCAGGAAAUCUACCGAUUAGCGGACGAUGAGCUGAAGGCAACCAUGGCUAAAAACGACACCCGUCAGUGCGUUUAUGGCAAGUGCCACUACUGCAAGCAAACCGAAGCUGUCUGUGAUGAUCCGGAAACGGAAAUGCUGGAAGGAGCUAUGCUCCUCAUGGUACCGGGGAAGUUUUCCAAGUACCGCUCCCCAUGGCAACGAACCUAUCGGGAUGGAGUGCAAGCCGAAUGGGAGAUAUCCGAUGGGUACUGUAGUAAAGUUAAGGAAAAACUGCCACUAGAUAGACUGUUGGACCUGAUCGAUGUAGCCAUUUUCGAUUUUCUCAUUCAAAACGGCGAUCGCCAUCACUACGAAACCAGAGACGAUCGCGUUCUGCUGGUGGAUAACGGAAAAGGAUUCGGUAAUCCAUUCAAGGAUCAUUUUGACAUACUGGCACCACUGUACCAGUGCUGCAUGAUCCGUCGAACCACGUGGGAGCGACUGCAGACGUUUUCUGGCGGAGCCCUAUCGGAAACCCUGCAGGCAUUAAGCGAAAUUGAUCUCCUUCAUCCUCUGCUGACCAAAGAACACUACACCGCAAUAGAACGCCGAUUGCUUCUUACCUACACCACUGUUGAGAUGUGUAGGGAAAAGUACGGAGGCAAAAUCUUCAAAUGACCCAAACGUUUGUUGAGUUUCGUUCGAAUAAAGCUUUAAAAUCGUAAAA